UUAUUCUCUCUGAGCAGCCUUUAGCUGAAUGCAAUAGGAAUCUUCCUUUUCCAUUCCAUAGCUCAGCAGCCCAGGAUGUAGUUCCCGGAGCUUCAGGAAAGAGCCAGCAAUCCACGACACCAUGGAGCGACGCUCCUUCCGUCAGUGGCUGAUGGAGGCACGUGAGUCCCGGACAAUGGUUGUUAUUGUGGUCACGGUGGCUCUGUUUGUGGACUGCAUACUUAACACUGUUAUUGCUCCAAUACUUCCAACUGUACUUAAUGACUCUCUACAUGGAAAAGAAAACACAUCCGUAACAUCCAAUUCCUCUGCUGUCUCGGACUACACUUUUUUAUUCAACCUUUCUCUCUACAAUAACUCAAGUGAAGGAAUUUACCAAGAACAAAAUGUCAGCAGGACUCAAGGAUUUGGAAUAGAUGGUGAAUGCCAUGACCAGGAGAAGGACAGUUUACAUGGAGAGAACUUGAAAAUAGGUCUACUCCUUUCAUUUAAGGGCAUGGUGCAAAUUGUGGCAAACCCCAUAGUGGGGAAACUAACAAACAGGUUUGGAUAUGAUGCACCAUUGUUUGUUGGAUUUGCUGUUGUAUUCACCUCAACUUUAAUGUACGCUUUUGGCGAAGAGUAUGUUUUUCUUUGCGUGGCCAGGGGAUUGCAGGGUAUUGGAUCAUCCUUAACCACUGUACCAGGUUUGGCUUUGCUAGCAAAUAUUUACCCAGAUGAUAAUGAAAGAGCAAAAAUCAUGGCAAUAGCUACAAGUGGAUUGGCAGUUGGGGCCCUAGUUGGUGCUCCCUUUGGAUCUAUCAUGAAUGGGUUUCUGGGGAAAUCCUCUCCAUUCUAUGUUAUAGCUGCUGUGACUCUGCUGGAUGGAGCCCUCCGGCUGUGUAUACUUAAACCAAAGUUUUCCCCAGGAAGUAUCCCUGCAACACCUUAUCGGACUCUACUUGCGGAUCCUUACAUUUUGGUGACUGUUGUGGGAUACUUCCUCACUAAAUUAAGUUCUAGCUUACUGCAAACAAUUUUGCCUUUAAGGAUGUUGGAACACAUGUGUGCCCCCAGCUAUCAGCUUGGUCUGGCAUUUGUUCCAGCUAUGCUCACCUGCAUUUUGACUCUCAAUGGAUUUGCGAUUCUGUCUUUAAAAUGGGGGAGGUGGCUUUGCCUUAUGCUUGGACUUAUUUUUCAAGGGAUCGGGGUUAUAUGUUUUCCUUUAGCUAAAAAUAUCUUUGGACUCAUUGGACCUUCCAUUGUACUUGGCAUUGGCUUUUCCUUAGUGGGGGCAUCAGUAGUACCAAUGAUGGCGUUUCUCAUUGAUCUGCGUCACACAUCAGUCUAUGGUGGGAUAUACGCCAUAAUGGAUUCAGCUUUGUGUCUUGCAUUUGCUAUAGGUCCAUUAUUUGGUGGAGCCAUUGCAAGUGCCAUCGGAUUCACCUGGGUAAUGGUCAUAUUAUGUGUGUUACAAAUUACUUAUGCCCCUCUCCUCAUUCUGCUACGUAAUGUCCCUGGAAAAGAUGAGAAAAAGUCUAUUUUAAACCAUGAAGAAAUGCCAGAGGAGACCAAGCCUGAUGACCACUAGACCCACAACUUACUGGACCUAGUUUAUACUUCUACCUCUGAGAGACACAUCAGGAUGCAACAUCAAAUAUUUGCAUUUAUAACAUUAAAUCACCUGGUUACCUACAGUAUGUUCCACUGAUAAAUAUGUUAACCAUAAAACUGUUGUAUGUGAUGCAUACUAUUAUGAUUUAAAUAAAGUUUUGAAUGCUAAACUGUU